UAUCAGCAUCUGCAUUAUAGCUCCCAUCUAUUCUUAGGUGGUAUCAGAGCACGACUGAACAGUGCCCUGUUGCUGUCUGUGAAAGCUGUACAACAUGGCUUACAGUGUGACUCUGAAUGGACCUGGACCGUGGGGCUUCCGACUGCAAGGGGGCAAGGACUUCAACAUGCCCUUGACCAUCUCCAGAAUCACCCCUGGAAGCAAGGCAGCACAGUCACAGAUGAACCAGGGGGACCUUGUUGUGGCCAUUGAUGGAGUCAACACUGACAGCAUGACCCACCUGGAGGCCCAGAACAAGAUCAAAUCAGCCAGCCACAACCUGAGCCUCACUCUGCAGAAAUCUAAACGCCCAGUGCCAGUUUCAACCACCGCUCCCAGAAUUGACUCUCCCAGGGCUGUAAUUCCCCAUCAGAAGGUCAUAACCAACACCGCUGCCAACACGGACUUCACGGAGCGUUUCAACCCCAAUGUCCUGAAGGACUCUGCCCUGUCUACCCACAAACCCAUUGAGGUGAAGGGCCUUGGCGGCAAGGCUACCAUAAUUCACGCGCAGUAUAACACCCCGAUCAGCAUGUAUUCCCAGGAUGCUAUCAUGGAUGCAAUUGCAGGCCAGGCACAAGCCCAGGGUGGAGAAUUUGCUGGUGCCCUCCCUAUAAAGGAUCCUCAUGUAGACAGUGCCUCUCCAGUCUAUCAGGCUGUGCUUAAAACUCAGAACAAGCCUGAGGAUGAGAGCGAGGACUGGAGCCGUCGCUCUGCCAACCUGCAGUCCAAGUCCUUCCGCAUCCUGGCCCAAAUGACUGGAACCGAGUACAUGCAAGAUCCAGAUGAAGAAGCCCUGAGGAGGUCAAGGGAGAGGUUUGAAACGGAACGUAACAGCCCACGCUUUGCCAAAUUGCGCAACUGGCAUCACGGCCUGUCCGCGCAGCUCCUUAACGUUAAGAGCUAAAGGCCCCCAGUCAGAGGGCAAACACAGAAAGUCACUGUAACACAUUAACUGCUGGCCUGACUUAGAGCCUAGCUGCCACUCGUGCAAAGAUGUACUGCUAGGCACUAGCUUUCUGCUGUUAGCCAUUCACUGUCACCUAAAGUGAAAUCAUGAUACAACCCAGGUCAUGUUCUUCAUGGUAAAGUAGUUUAGCUUUUUUUUCCUUUAUUAUCUCAAACUUCAGCAUACAACAAAACAUCACUAUUGUAGUCUCUUGACUUUAAUUCUGGAAGAAAAUGAAAGGAAAGUUAUUGACAGUAUUUCUUUAGGAGGAAAAAGAAUGAGAUUUUCACAGAGUUUUACUGGUGUAAAGAUAAUGAAGUAAGAGAAAGUAAGUUGAAAAGGAAAACUCAUUGGCCUAGACUUUGCUAAAUGUAUAACACAGUUUGCAUAGCUGAAUGAUGCUGUUUGAAAUAAGAUAUUAGCAAUGUGAAGCUAUAUUUCAAUAUAUUAUAGUGGCAGAAGUCAUUUACUGAAACCAUUGCUGUAAGUUUUGUGUUGGAAACUUUAAUUUAUCGUUCUAUAAAAGAGAGUUAGCUGAGGUUGCUCAGAAUAUGCAAGGAAAUGACAUUUUGCUAAAGGUUAUUUAGGAGUGAGAAGAAUAUAUCAUACUGUUGGUGCACUGAGCUUUUAAAAGCAUCUUGUAAGUUUGAAGGAAUAUGUUGCCCAUUCUGUAUUGCUCUUGCUUUGACUCACAUUUUUUUCUGUAUAUAGCAGCAUGCUUUAUCUGAAAUAAAAGGUUUUAAAACUAAAAUAAUUAUGUGCCUGUUUUACACAGUACUUUAUUCUGUUUUAAAACAAUAACUGCUUCAACUGAUUAUUGAAAGAAGGAGAAUUUUUCUUUCCCAAAUACAAAAUUUGGUCAAAAAGCUUUCCAUUUUUAGCUGUAAUUGUUAUUGACCUUUAAGUUUCGGUGAAUUGGAAUAAACCUGACAAAGCAGUUGAGUUAGGUACCUUUAUUGUUAUUACGUUAGCAGUAAUUCCAACCAAAGAGAUUAGUGCAUGAGAUCAGAUUGAAACUAUUACACUUUUUGCUGCUUCCAAAUUUGUCUCAGCUGCCCAUAUAAGAACCAAGUUCAUUCAAACUCCCAUUUUUUUUUCUGUUAUAGAAAUAAGAAAAAGCUACUGUUCAUGGAGAAUUUUGCAUGAAUCAACCAAAUACUGAAGUGUUUAAAGGAUUAUCAUACAUAUAUAAAAACCUAAUUCUUCAUUAUUAUUUAAGAGUAUGUAAGCACUAAUUUCUUUUAAAAUGCAUUUCACCUUUCUAGCUAAAUACCAGAGCACUUCAGGACAAGCUACUUAAUUCACAACAUGCAUUUAUAUUUUCCUUAUGGGAACACAAACAGAUUCUGACCACACCAUCAUAUUAGUACCUAUAGUAAAUCAGCAUCACUGCAUGAAAUAAGAGCAACAUUUUAAUUUUUCCUGAUUGUUGCCAGGAGCAACCUUUGGUGUACCAAAGUGGUGGUGAAUUUUACUCAUGUAUGGGAAAUUUUGAUAGAAUUUAAAAUAUCUGUAGGCAAUUAAGAUUUUUUCAUAAACAUAAAAUGUACCUAAGUAAAACAAUCUUCCAGUUCUAAUUUUAAACCAAACUAGAUGUUUAUAUGAAUAGGUAGUAAUACAGUCUCUUCAUGGUACUAACAAUUGUGUAUCCUUAAUGUUUUAUGAAUAUAAUACAGAUACUACUUGUUUCCAAGAGUCCUAGUGCAUGUAUUGGAAUUAAAAUGUCUAGAUUAUAUCUCAAUGUUCAUACUUAAUAUUAUUUUGAAAGGUAUUUUCUAAUAAUAAUUUUAUCAGAUAUGAAAUUAAUCGAGAUAUAAUUAAGGAAUCCUUUCCCCUUAGCUCUGCUUCAGUGGUUUUAAUGAUAUAAAUUCAGUGCAUAUAAACUAUGUAAUCAUAUAAGGCAAUAGUUUUAAUGCUUUUUUCUGUAAGAUGCAAAAUGGAAUCUAAUACUUUCCAAGCUUAUCAGUUCUUUAUGCAGUCACAGGGGGGAAAAAUAGGAAAAAAUCGUGAAUAUCUGGUAGCUUUUAUAGCAUUUGCAGUGUUAAAGACCUUUUGUGAAGGUGCCUUCAUUAUAAUCCUUACAGCAAGAUUUUUACUACAACCUAUUUCAACUGCUUAGUUCUGUCCCUUUUAAAAAAUCUCACAAGUAAUAGACUUUUUGUGUUAAAAAUGUCAGUCAAGUAUUUCUAUGUCAUUUCUUUUUUAUGUUUAGACUAGUAAUUCCUCAACUCUUACACCUCAAAAA